AUGCUUACUGAUUAUUUAUCGAUGUCUGUUAUUUUAUCCAGCUUAAUAAUUUUUAGCUAUGCAUUUUAUGUUCCUGGUGUGGCUCCAGUGGAGUUUAAGAAAGGACAAAGAAUUGAAGUUAAAGCUGUUAAAAUGACAAGUAUCCACACGCAGUUACCUUACGAGUAUUACUCUUUGCCUUUGUGUCGACCAAAGAAUGGAACUUUUGUUUAUAAAUCCGAAAAUUUAGGGGAAGUUUUGCGAGGGGACAGAAUAGUAAAUACUCCAUAUGAAGUUCAUAUGGCGGAAAAUAUUAAAUGUAGGUUGUUGUGCCAUAAGAAAAAUUAUCCAAUAAAUUGGAGUGUGGAAGAAUCUGCAGAGGUUGCAAUUCGCAUUGAACAUGAAUAUUUUGUACAUUUAUUGGUUGACAAUUUACCUGUAGCAACAAGGAUAGUAAAUAGUGAUACAACAGAAAGAAGUAUUGAACAAGGUUAUCGACUUGGUUUCAUGUCAAAAGGGAAAGCAUUUAUUAAUAAUCACUUAAAACUAUUACUGAAGUAUCAUAAACACAGUCAAGAUUCUUACAGAGUUGUUGGUUUUGAAGUUGAAACACACUCUGUGGAUAAGGAUGAUCUAUCAUUUAUUGAUGAUGCCUCUUGUCAAUUCCCUACUGAUGCUAAACCCCAGUUAGUUAAUGAAGACACUGGAACAAAAUUGUAUUUUACAUAUUCUGUUGAAUGGGGAGAGUCUGAAAUUGGGUGGGCAUCGAGAUGGGACAUUUAUUUGAGCAUGAAAGAUGUUCAGAUCCAUUGGUUUUCAAUUAUCAAUUCUAUUGUUGUCUUAUUUUUUUUGUCAGGCAUAUUAACAAUGAUCAUGGUGAGAACGUUAAGAAGAGACAUUGCAAGGUAUAAUUCAGAUGAAAGUAUAGAUGACAUGAUGGAGGAGACUGGUUGGAAAUUGGUGCAUGGUGAUGUUUUUAGACCGCCACCCAAAAGGAUGCUUUUUGCAGCUGUAAUAGGAAGUGGCAUACAAGUGUUUUUGAUGGCCCUUAUCACUAUUUUCAUUGCCAUGUUGGGCAUGUUAUCGCCAGCCAGCAGAGGUGCACUUAUGACUGCAGCUAUAUUCUUGUAUGUGUUCAUGGGCCUUAUUGCUGGCUAUUAUUCCGCACGAUUAUAUAAUACUAUGAAAGGAAAACAAUGGAAACAAGCUGCAUUUCUGACAGCUACUCUUUAUCCAGCUAUUGUAUUUGGCACCUGUUUCUUUUUAAACUUUUUCAUUAUGGGCAAACAUUCCAGUGGUGCAGUGCCAUUUUCGACUAUGAUGGCCCUGCUUUGUUUAUGGUUUUGCAUAUCUCUACCUUUAGUUUAUUUGGGAUAUUACUUUGGAUGUAGAAAGCAGCCAUUUCAACAUCCUGUUAGGACAAACUUUAUCCCAAGAAAAGUGCCAGAACAAGUUUGGUAUAUGAACGUUUUUAUAUGCAUUUUAAUGGCUGGAAUUCUUCCGUUUGGCGCUGUGUUUAUAGAGUUAUUCUUCAUUUUUAAUGCUCUAUGGGAAAAUCAGUUUUAUUAUCUCUUUGGAUUUUUAUUUCUUGUAUUUUGUAUUUUGGUUAUAUCGGUUUCACAAAUUUCAAUCGUGAUGGUAUAUUUCCAACUUUGUGGAGAGGAUUAUCAUUGGUGGUGGAAAAGUUUUAUUGUUUCUGGAGGGUCUGCUGUGUAUAUUUUAAUAUAUUCAAUAUUUUACUUUUUUACCAAAUUAGAGAUUACGGAGUUUAUUCCAACAUUAUUGUAUGUGGGUUAUACAGGUCUUAUGGUUUUAACAUUUUGGCUGUUAACUGGUACCAUUGGAUUUUUUGCAGCUUAUACAUUUAUUAGGAAAAUUUAUGGCGCUGUUAAAAUUGACUGA